UCACAGCAGACAACGGUGUACUUUCUAUCCAGCGGCGCAUGUGUAUGUCCGAGCUGUGGAUUAUGUGGAGGUCUCUGCACGGUUAAUACCUACAAUUCGGGGUUUAAAUGCUCUCUGAACCCGCUUUUGGAAACUCUAUCUAAGCCUUGUGAGAAGAUGGAGAACAACAUGGAAGCCAAGUCUUGUGCUGUCAGUGUCCUGACCUGGGAGCAGGUGAACCGUCUCAAUGAGGUCCUCACCGAGGCUGUGCCUGUUCAUGGCCGGGGCAACUUCCCCACCUUGGAGGUGCGUCUGAAAGACAUUGUGGCACGGGUACGCUCCCGCCUGGAGCUGAGCGGCAUCAGAGUGAAGGACAUGCGUCUGAAUGGCUCCACAGCCAGCCAUGUGCUGGUGCAAGACAUCGGCUGGAGCUACAAGGAUCUGGAUGUGAUCUUCAGGGUGGACCUGCCGCAUGAGGCUGAGUUCCAGCUGAUAAAGGAGGUGGUGCUUGGUACCCUGCUGGACUUUCUCCCUGAGGGUGUAAACAAAGAGAAAAUCACACCCAUGACUCUGAAAGAGGCUUAUGUCCAGAAGCUGGUCAAGGUGAACACAGACCAGGAUCGCUGGAGUCUCAUCUCCCUCUCCAACAAUAAUGGACGCAAUGUUGAGCUAAAGUUUGUGGACUCAAUACGCCGGCAGUUUGAGUUCAGUGUGGACUCCUUUCAGAUCGUGUUAGACUCCAUGCUUACCUUUUAUGACCUGGCAAAGACACCGAUGUCGCAGACCCUUCAUCCAACGGUCGAGGGAGAGAGCAUGUACGGGGACUUCAGCAUGGCGCUGAGCCACCUGCGGAACAAGCUCAUCGCCACUAAGCGGCCUGAGGAGAUCCGAGGAGGGGGCUUGCUGAAGUACUGCAAUCUGCUGGUGCGGGAUUUCCGGCCUGCCAGUGAGGAGGAGUUCAAGGCACUUGAGCGGUACAUGUGCUCACGCUUCUUCAUCGACUUCCCCGACAUUGGUGAGCAGCAGCGCAAGGUAGAGGCCUACCUCCAGAGCCACUUCGUAGGCGAGGAGAAGAGCAAAUACGAUUACCUCAUGAUCCUGCGGCGGGUGGUGAAUGAGAGCACGGUGUGCCUCAUGGGCCAUGAGCGACGGCAGACCCUCCACCUCAUCUCACUCAUGGCCUUCAGAGUGCUGGCAGAGCAGAACGCCAUCCCAGAUGCGUCCUGUGUCACCUGCUACUACCAGCCAGCUCCUUAUGUCAGAGACCCUAACUUCAGCAACUACUAUGUGGCUAACCAGAACAUUCCAACAUGGCUGCCGUGUAACUGACAGAGCAGACAGGUGGAUGGAUGUGAAUGGAUGUACAAGAGGGCACGCACUGCUGCUGCUUUGGAGAAGAGGGACGGCAAAAAAAAAAAACCUCCCAAAAAAUGUAAAAUAAGGCAAUAAAUGCUUUGUUUCUCUCAAGGCACAAAUGAUUAUAUUUAAGUGGACAAGUGUUUUGCUUUGUUUUUGGAAUCCUUUCUCAUUCCUUUAUAUCUAGAGCUGUCUAGGUCAUUGGACACAAAGUGAUAUUUUUAAGUGUCAUGUAGAUCCCCCUCCCAUCAUGUUUGGUUGUUUUUCUGUUAAUCUUACUCUUAAUGGAGUUGUGUUACGUGCCUUAACUGCCAAGUUUACCCCCCCCAAUAAGUUAAGUACAGGCUAAAAAGAAACAGAAAAAAGUAAAAUAUUAUAGCCUUAAAUUUGUUAAUUUUUCUCCUAUGGAAAAAAUGUGAAAAGCCAGAAAAAAAGCAGAAAAUAAGGAAAUGGUGAUCAGAUAAUGUAAAGAGGAUGCCUGCAAAAAAUAUCAGAGCACUGGUGUUAAAAUUGUAUCCCUGGAGAUUAUGUUUAGUUCACUGGGGAGGGAAGAAAGCUGAUACACUACUAACUUUGGUCACAUCAGAAAGAAGUUUGUUUUAAUUCAGUUUGACAUGUACAUACAUCUUCUUUCCUUAAUAUGCCAGCAGUGCCUGAGUAAACAAUGCCAGAGGAAAUGUGUAUUUUUUUUUUUUUUUUUUUUUAAUUUGCCACUGUGAAUUUCAGUGUAGUAUACGCUCCCCCUCCAUGUUUAAUCCAGUUACGUUUCAGUCAGACCCUCACAGGCCUCCAGAAGCUGGAUCACAGGCCACAGUGAGGGUCUGACUGACAGGGCAGAGUGGGUCUUCUGGGAGAAUGUGUCUGGCCUCGCUGCCUGGGAGUCCUGGAGUGGACAGGCUUACUGAAUGCGUCUUCCCUUAAAAGGAGCAGCACAUGGUGGGCUCCAGGGUUGUCCCUGGCCUCACAGCCAUUGCGGGCUCGACAGCAGCCUUGAAAUGAGAUCCUCCUCUGACGCAGCUCUCCGACUCUCUAUAAUUAUCCGCUUUUUCUUUUUUCCUGGGGGGAGGAUCUGGCAGAUGGGCGUGCGAUCAUCAGCAGCAGCACUGCCACUUCUGAUAUGUAGGAGUUCCCUUCCUGUCCUCUCCUUUCCAGUUGGGAACACAGUGUCUGAACCCCUUUUGUGGUCAUAGGAGCUCAGACACCAGGGAGUGCGACUGGCAUGCGGGGGGAAAAAAAACGUCAGCGUGCCUCUUUGACAUAUACCACUCCCCUUUACAGACUUCAUAUUGUGAUUUAAUGCGGAUGCCACAACAUACUUGAACCGCACCACCUCUAGCUAUGAUGGAUGAUGACGAUCUAUUUAAAGCCACUCCUAUAAUUAGCUGUCAAUUCUGAAUACUUUUUAGAGUGGCUUUACUAAGCUGUGAAUCACGCCCGUCAUCUCUCCCCUUCCCUUUUCUGAAGUUGACAAAAUGUAAAGUCAUGUAAUACAAAUUACUAUCACCCCCCCUCCCCCCAAUGUACUUAUUUUUGCCUGAAUUCCUCAGAAGCCCUUACGUUUUGUCGCUGCUGCUCCUUGUGUCACUGCAGCGGCACAUGUUUACACCAGAUAACCACAAGCGCCUCUUAUCUGGAUGGUUAGAGCAUUGUCAGAGGCCGGUCAGCUUGGCCUCCUCUGCAGGUCACACCCCAGGGUCGGGGCAUGUUGUGCUCUCUCAGCUGGUGAGCUUUCGUAUGGGACGUGACUGCCAUAGUGUUUUUAACAACCGCCUCUGUGGACCAAAGUCGGCCAUACAACCAGCAACUCAAGUGCCUUUCACUUUUUGGAGAGUGAUUUAGUUUUUAAUGGGUUGUUUUAAUAGAAAUGAAAAUGGAAAGGUUAAAAAAAAAACAAGAAAAGUUAUUAGAAAAGUGCAGAAACAGGAGAAAACAGUUUUUGGUUGGGGAGCAAAUUUGGUUUGUUUUUUGGUUUUUUAUUUCCCUUUUUACGUGUUUUUCUUUAUUUUUUUUUCUUUUUUGUCCUUUUUAGUUUCAGUCAUUCCCAUCAGUCUUAUAAAUUUUUUUUUCCUACCCCACAUUUUUGUCCUUUUUGACAAAUGUGGGCCUUGUUGUCUCUGACAGCCAUGUUGCCUUUAGUGUUGCCUAAAUGUCCAGCCCUGGUUUGUCCUUAUUUCUAGAGGAGAAAAAAAAAAGUAUUUACACCCAGCAUUUCUAAACAGAAAACUAUCAGAUGUUUUGGCUGUGACUUCUCUGGAAUGACCUGACCAAAUCUGAUUCAGUGACAGUUUUAUUAUCCCAAUCAAAACCAAAGCAAUACCUGAAGUGCACUGACACGCCGCAUUAUGGCGAAGUAGCUGGAGGUCAGAAUCGCAGAAGCACUUUAAACAGGCCUUAUUUGACUCUGACUAUGGCCACCUGAGAGGAAUGUACAUAAGCUAGCAUGGUCAACUGCUGGAGGGGGUUGGUUCUCAGGGACAAGAUGUAUUUUUGAGGGCUUUUUUUGCUUUGUUUUGUCCCCUUUUAUGUUUUCUUUCAGGAGGGGCUGAACUGCCCUUGACAUUAACAUCCCCCCUCCUGGUGGAUUUUGUGUCUUUACCUUAGUAUUAAUGUAUCUCUGCAUCUUGUUGUCCUGACUCUGUGUUGGGGUUAGCUUGUUGAGGUCAGACUGCAGCGCUGGGUUUAUCUGUGCAUCCAUUAGCUCCUUGUCAUCACUCUGUGGGUUGUGCCCCUGUAGUGGUAACAGCUGGAUUUGUCAUCAGACUCUUACCCUGAUGUGAUCUUUGCUGCCUUGUUUGAGAAACCGACGGACAAAAUGUGUAAUCCCCAUUGUGGAUCCGCGGUCCAGAAGCUCUCGAUCAUGCCUCGGUUUGUUUAUGUUCUGAGUGAUGAUGGAUUGGAGCUGUUUUUGGGAACCAGCGGCGCAGCCUCCACAGGUUGACGUUACCGUGGAAAAGUCUCUCUUCUAUCGGCUUCUUAGUGACGUCGCUCAUUUAAAGUGCGAGGUCAAAGGAAAUGCAACAACAAUUCAGCAUUCUCAAGACACGCAGAACAGUCCAGGAUGUAAAUGGUCCUAAUGCGUGUUUAUUAUAACCCUUCCCUUCCACAUGUUUACGGUUAUUGUGGCUUUUCUCUGACUGAAAACGAGUGCCUGUUAAAUGAAGCUUUAAAAAACUCCCUGCGGGUGGAAGUGGGUGCAGCAGGGCUUCCUUCAUCAGGGUUGAUGUCUGUAUAUUGAAUAUUUUGUGAAGAACAAUGUGGGAAAAAAAACAUGAGGAUGAAGUGUGUUUUGCCUUUAUUUUCUCUUUUCAUUUCCUGGCCCCACUUAGUUUUUUCUGCUGUAAACUCGUCAGUGUUAAUGAUCCUGCCGCUUCUCUCGCUGACCCCACUGUUGAUGGUCCCACUUUGGGCUUUUGUUUAUUAGUGCAGUGUGUUUUUUUUCUUUUUUUUUUUUAUUAUUUAUGACACCUGUAGAUGUAUUCUUUGCUCCAGGGGUUGCAGAGGAAGCUCUGGAUUAGAUAUUUAGUGGUUGCACUUGUCUAAAGUACAAGUCUUACACCAUGGGAAUGUGAUGGGGGCCCUUUGGAUGCUCUCCUGCAGAUUCUUAAGUCAUUUUUCUUUUCUUUUGCAGCAGAUUUGUGUUUACGUUCAUGUGUGGAGGUGUGUGUGCUUAAUUUGCAUGUGUGUAUGAGGGAGAUGCCUGUGGUUACAAGUUUAGAAAGUGGGGAAUAAUAUGAAAUUUGUCGCACUAUUAUAUAUAUUUUUUUGAAAUAGUUAAUGCAAAGAGCUUAUUUGUCAGCUUCGUGAUUGUGACGAUGACUUUGAUGGUACAACCAUUAUACUAUUUCAUUUUUCAGCACUUUUACCUCACUUGAGUUUUUCCUUUUGAAUGGAAAUGUACAUGUACAUCAGGAAAAUGUGUUUGAAGAGGAAAUAAUGAAUAAAGAUUGAUAAAUGCAAAAUGGUCA